GACCAUUCGAGCGAGACGAAUGUUACAGUGUCUGCAUAUACGGCUGUUUCCAGCGAGGACGUGUAUUAUUUGACAAAGUGAAGCUGUUCACAAUGCCUUGUUUCCAAACUAAGAGGAGUAAGAAGCAAACAAAAAUUACAGAUGCUCACCAUAAGGAAGAUGAAUCAGAUGUUGAUCCAAAUCAGAACAUUGUGCUGAAGCCUGGAGAGAAAGACCAGAUAUGGAGAAUUGAAGGUCAAGUCUCAAAGACAAAGGUACCCAAGCAAGAACAGAUGAGGUCCAAAAGUUACCUGGCAGCUUUAAAAAUUGAUGACACCCCAGACUCCAGUGACCCAACUAAAGCUCAUCAACCAGUCAUAGAAACCACACGCAUAAAUACCAACCCACUUAUCACUGUGGAGACUCCUGGAGGAGCUCAGUUCUUGGCAGAAAACUCUACAUUGUGUCCAUCUAGGUUGUUUAGUGGGGUCUAUGAUGACAAUGACCUUCAAAGUGGCUCUCCUAUGCCAGGUGAUGUCAGUUAUGAUGACCCCUUUGCACCUGUGUUUACGCCUUUAGGUCGUAGUCUUGAGGCAAACUAUGGAGAUUCCCGACCUAUCAAUGAGCUUACACCCAAAGAGGUAUUUGAAAGAUUGCAACUGAUACGUCUGAAGAAUCAUCUUACUGGAGCUGAAAAGAUGGAUAAACUCCACCUUAAAGCUAAAGAGACAGCAAGGUGUAACGAAAAAACAUGCCAGGGGUCUACAGUUUUCCCUAGAGGGAUGGUGAAAAAAACUGGCAAAGCAAGAUCAAAGGAAGAAAUCUUGUCCCAUGCUAGAGAUUUUAUAAGAGAAAUGUUUGAAGCUCUGGACAGUGUUGACUCAGCUGAACAUAUUGCACGUAUAAAUGCAAUUGAAGAUGACAUCUUUAAGACAGGUUCCUAUGCACACACAUACCAAGAGCUGGUGUUUGGAAGUAAAACUGCAUGGAGAAACACUUCUAGAUGUGUUGGAAGGAUACACUGGACAUCAUUAAAUGUGUUUGAUGAGAGGACAGUCAAGACAACCAAGGGGGUCUUUGCGUCACUAUGUCACCACCUUUUUCAUGCCACAAAUGAAGGCAAUAUCAGGUCUUGUAUCACCCUUUUCCCUCCAAGUGAGGGGUCAGGGGCAAGAGACACAAGGAUCUGGAACAGUCAGUUGCUGGCUUAUGCUGGCUACAUGCAAGAAAAUGGCAAAAUAAUAGGAGAUCCUGCUAAUCUGGAAUUUACUCAGAUUUGUUUAAAACUUGGCUGGCAGGGGCCAUCUAAACAAGGCAACUUUGACCUUCUCCCCUGGGUGAUAGAAGUGAAUGGUGAUGACCCUGAAGUAUUUGACAUCCCCCCUGAUAUUGUUGUGGAGGUCCCCCUGAAACAUCCUGAGUUUGACUGGUUUGAGAAGUUUCAUCUGAAAUGGUAUGCUGUGCCUUGUAUAAGUAACAUGCAGUUAGACCUAGGUGGUGUCAUUUAUCCAUGUAUUCCUUUCAAUGGUUGGUAUGUCAACACUGAGAUUGCAUCUAGGACCUUGGCAGAUCCUAAUAGAUAUAACAUGCUGGAGAAAACAGCUGUGCGUAUGGGCUUAGAUACAAAAAUGUUGAUAUCAUUAUGGAAGGACAAGGCAUUGGUAGAGUUGAAUAGAGCUGUAUUGUACAGUUACAAGCAGGCUGGAGUUACGAUGGUGGACCACCACACAGUGAGCAACAGUUUCAUGCACCACCUAGCUAUUGAGCAGCGUACUAGAGGGGGUUGUCCAGCAGACUGGGUGUGGGUGUGCCCUGAUCUUUCUCCCACUGUGUCCCCUCUCUAUCACCAAGAAAUGCUUAAUUAUCACAUACUCCCAAGUUAUGAAUAUCAGUUAAGUCCAUGGUACACCCACAAGUGGCAGGAUACAAAUAUGUGCAAGAAGUUCCGGCAAUAUGUCAGGGCUAAAACCUACAAGCUACGCCACGUCGGAUACAUAAUGAUAUUCAUUUCUUCACUGCUGAGAAAGAUGAUGUUGAAGAGACCGGAAGUGACAAUACUUUACGCAACAGAGUCUGGAAAGUCUGAAAGAUAUGCAAAGAGAAUAAGCCAAGUCUUCAAUAGGGGAUUCAAAUCAACUGUUACAUGCAUGUCAGACAUGCUGGCUGAUGACCUGAUUACAACAAAACUUGUUGUCGUAGUAACCAGCACAUUUGGCAAUGGAGGAGCUCCCAGUAAUGGAAAACGAUUUGUACACAGACUCAAGAAACUUGUUAAGUCGAGCAGUGGAAGCUUUCUGAAGGGCACCAGAUUUAGCGUAUUUGCCCUUGGAUCAAGUGCUUACCCUAAUUUCUGUGCAUUUGGUAAGCUCAUAUACCAGCUGCUGGGAAACCUGGGGGGUGAGGCACUUGCUGCCUGUGGGGAAGGAGAUGAGCUGCAGGGGGAGAUUGAUUCAUACCAGGCUUGGGCUCAGCAGACAUACAAGGCAGCUUGUGAGGCCUGUAGCAUUGAGUGUUUAUCAGAGGACCCUAACAACAACAACACUGUGAACAUGUAUCCUGCCAACAACUGGGCUCCUGGCAUGUUCAUUCUUGUCAAAGCUGAGAAGGAGGUGGAUUUACUUGAUGGUCUGUCACGUGCUCACCAUCGCCAUGUACAGUUUGUAACAAUGCUCUCUUCAACUCCCCUACACACUAGAAUAGGGAAACCUGCCUUCAAGAUGGUAUUUAAGCCAAAUGUAGAGUCCAGUAUGAGUUACCAUCCAGGGGAUCAUAUAUGUAUUUACCCACGCAAUAGUGAGGAUGUGGUUGACAAGAUCAUAGCUAGAGUGGCCAACACUGGGAUUAACUACUGGACACAACCAGUGCAGGUUCUCUAUAAUGAUGACUUCAGUGCACAUGAGGCUUUACCUCCUUGCUCUUUGAAGACUGCCCUGCUGCAGUAUUUAGAUAUCACUAACCCCAUGAGCCCUGAGACCCUGGCACUCUUGGGGAUGCAGACAGUCUCCCUGGGGGAGAGAUCAAGGCUAGACAUACUAGGGAGGGGAGAAGAGGACUAUGUAGAAUGGCGAAUGAAGGAGGCCCCAACCCUCCUUGAAGUGUUGGAGAGUUUCCCAGGUAUCCAUCUUGACCCUAGCUUCCUCCUAACCCAGUUACCUCUCCUGAAACCACGCUUUUACUCCAUCAGUAGUUCCCCAUCAAUGCACCCAGGGCAGAUACACAUCACAUUUAAUCUUGUGUCAUUUAGGAAACUCGGAUCAAAGAGUCUGAUUCAGAAAGGAGUCUGUUCCUCAUGGCUUGAAGAUCUUCCUGUGAAUCACCAUGUUCCAGCCUUCAUAAAGGAAGCACCUUGGUUCCACCUGCCCUACACCUCAUCUGUUCCUGUCAUCAUGAUAGGCACAGGUACAGGAAUAGCUCCCUUUAGGAGCUUCUGGCAGCAGAGGGCAUAUGAUCUAGAGAGAAAUGUUCUUUCCCCAAACAGUUCUCUAUCUAGUGACCAAAGUUCUCCCUGGACUGUUAACCUCCCUGAAAUAGGAGACAAACCAGAGUCCCCAGAGAUCACUUCACAUCAAACUCAAGACAUUGCUAAUGAUACUCAAGAUAAUCUUGACAAACCACAAGAAGGAAGACAGAGAUCCAAGAGUGCACCUGGCCUUUCAACUCCACAAGCACCUCCCCCACUUAGUGGUACAUCUGGAAGUAAAGUAACAUUUAAAUCUCCACCAUCAAUACCAAUUUCAAGUCCUCCCAGACUAGAACCCCUGUAUCACCCUGAAGAUAGUAACUUACUUCUUGACCGCCCAAUGCCCCACUUCCAGAAAGCACACCAAAAGGCCAUGUCACCACAGAAGCAUCCUGGGACUCCUACAUGCAAGAGGUCAAAGAUGUUCCUUGUGUAUGGAUGUAGGGGUUUGGAUCAGGACAAUCUCUACCAUGAAGAGGUGGCUGAGAUGUUGGAGAAAGAGGUGUUUUCCCAAGUCAUGUAUGCCUACUCUAGGGAGAAGGACAGUGCUCAGAAAUAUGUACAGCAUGCUUUGUGUGAGAAAGGCUAUUUCUUCUACCAGAAGAUAACAGAAGAGAGGGGCCAUGUGUAUGUGUGUGGUAGUGCCCAAGUGGGGCAUGAUGUCAUGGAGACAAUAAAAUACAUACUGAAGCAGUGUGGGAAGAUGGAUGAUGCUCAGGCCAAGGAAUAUAUUGACACAAUGCGAGAGACUGGACGGUACCAUGAGGAUGUAUUUGGUAUAGUGACAAUGGACAGUAUUGUGGAGCAUAGGAUUAGGAAAGCUAGUGAUGCUUGUACUUUACGCAGAAAAAGAUCUCGUGAAACCAGUUCAAAAAUGGUCACAAGUCUCUAAGAAUGUCCAACACUGUCACCAUGGUUUCAUGUGUCUCCAAGACAACUAAUCUAUGGUAUCUGAUGUUGUCUAAUUGUUAAAAGUGUGGACAAAUUUUUCCCAAUGGUAUCUGUGAACAAUGAACUGAAAUUACAUGACUAUGAUUCUCCAACAAUGACUACCUUUAUCACAGUGUCUAUAUCACCAUUUAUAACAAGAUUUUGUGGACAACUCACAUCUAACUUUAUUACCAUAGAUACACAUCCAUAACUAAGGACUACUAUAACUGCCAUCACAAUUACACAUCUCUAUGGACAAUGAAUGUUAUUACCAUGGUUACAAUUCUCUUAAGAUAACGAACUUUAUGUCUAUGGUGAUAAGUAAAUAAUCUUUCAUCAAAGAUUUAGUAUUUAAAUCUAUUUUAUUUGAUCCAAAGGGACGUAAAUGUGCCAGUAAAUCAUAGUGAGAUUAGCAAAAUAUGCUUACUGUAUUGGAAUGAACAAUAUUUAUAAACUAAAUGCAGAGGAUAGAUACAAGGAAAUUGGUAGGAGUGCACCAGAUCAGUUGUUUGAAAAUAAUUAUUAACUUUUUUGAUAAAAAUGAUCUUGUUAUUUUGAUAUAUAUGUAUGAUAUAAUAUAAAUAAAAUAUUCAUAUUUUGUGAGAAAAAGAUAUAGGAACAAUAACAUUUUCAAUUUAGUAUUGUUAUCUUGUCUACACCUUUUGGUGAAUGUUCAGAAAUAUAUAUUUCUAAAAUAAAAAAAA